UUUCUUUCGCGUGGGUCGUCGAUCUUUGUUCUGGACCGACGCCAGACUCGUGCCGCGAUGUUUCUCGGUUGUUUCAACUGGAACUUUACGUUCCCAUUCCGAACGUCAAUGAAUCCGGUCGGCGAAUUUCAAUUCUCAUCUUCGUGAACCGAUUGCUUUCGACAGCCAAUUGCUUUGUUAUUCGUCGCAUGAUUUGUAAUCAACAAAGCUAAAGAAGAUUAGAACAGACAAGGAGGAAUAAACAUACCGACUCAACGGAUCUCAACGGAUAAAUCACGGAUCUACAGCGGAAAGGCGAACUAAAGAGUCAAGAAUGUCUACCUGCAGGAACGCUAUUAAUCUUAUCUCGCCGAAUGAAAGCGAUGUUAGCGUUGUCGCCACGUAGCGCGCGACUUUUGACCUUUGCGCAGUAGGACUCGAGAGGGUCGAAAAAAGAAAAAAAUCACGAAGCGAAAGUCUCGCCGACCGAGUAGUAGACCGUGUAGAGCGAGACGCCCGGCUCAACUUCUCGAUCUUUGCUUUCUGUUCGCACGCGACUUUCGAGGUCAUGAAGGUCCGGAGUUAUCCCGGCCGGGCGGUUCUGGAGGAUCCCGAACUCCUUCUGGACCCGGACGCGACGCGCGGCAGAGCAAUGGAAUUGCUCUACGAGGCCAGCUGGCGGGAGUGCGGGGUCAACUGGACCAGCAACGGCAGCAGCAAGAUUUCCGCCAAGCAACAAGACGACGAGCCUUACAGGCGACCAUACGCCGACGAAGUGGUAUCGCGAUUUGAAGCUGCGUUGGAGGAUCCGAACAACGGGCCGUCCUCGGCAAGAGAGGAAGAUGCGCGGUCCAGGGGAUCCAGCAGCACCGGUACCACAGACAGCGAAUGCCCUGAGACGAACCAGUCGUCACCUGACAACGCUCAAGGAGGCUUCCUCAUUCCGCGGCCGAGAUUGAUUGUGCCAGUUCACACCUAUGCGAGGAGAAGACGUACUGGUGCACCGCAACCCAUAAAGAGACGUCAGAUACGCGAAGAGGGUAAGGUCGAGGUAUCGAGGGACGGCAAAUAUCUCAGCACUUUGCAACAUGGUAAAGUAUUGGGUGAACUUGCGAUUCUUUACAAUUGCAAGAGGACAGCAACGAUCACUGCUGCGACUGAUUGCCAAUUAUGGGCCAUCGACCGGCAGUGCUUCCAAACCAUUAUGAUGAGGACCGGUCUCUCGAGACAGGCUGAAUACACGGACUUCUUAAAGAGCGUGCCAAUUUUCAAAAACCUGCCCGAGGAAACUCUAAUCAAAAUUUCGGACAUUUUAGAAGAGACGUUUUACAACAAUGGGGAUUAUAUAAUAAGACAAGGAGCGAGGGGUGACACAUUUUUCAUCAUCAGUAGAGGACAAGUACGCGUGACAAUAAAACAGCCCGAUACAACGGAAGAGAAAUAUAUUAGAACCUUAAGAAAAGGCGAUUUCUUCGGUGAAAAAGCUUUACAAGGAGAUGAUCUCAGAACUGCUAAUAUUAUUGCUGACGAUCCAGAAGGAGUGAACUGUUUGGUAAUAGACCGCGAAACGUUUAAUCAAUUAAUCUCAUCCUUGGAUGAAAUCCGAACGCGAUACAGGGACGAGUUGGUGGAACGUAGGAGAUUAAAUGAGGAAUUUCGGGAUGUACGAUUACAAGACCUUCGGACUAUUGCGACUCUCGGCGUGGGUGGUUUCGGAAGAGUUGAAUUAGUCCAAAUUGCCGGAGAUAGCACACGAUCCUUUGCUCUGAAACAAAUGAAGAAGGCGCAGAUCGUCGAGACACGACAGCAACAGCACAUUAUGUCAGAAAAGAGGAUCAUGAGCGAAGCGGAUUGUGAUUUUGUAGUCAAACUUUUCAAAACCUUUAAAGAUAGAAAAUAUCUUUAUAUGCUGAUGGAAGCCUGUUUAGGUGGCGAGUUAUGGACUGUUCUUAGGGACAAGGGAUACUUUGAUGAUAGUACUACACGCUUUUAUACUGCAUGUGUUGUCGAAGCAUUCGAUUAUUUGCACUCCAGAAAUAUCAUCUAUAGAGAUCUUAAACCAGAAAACUUACUUUUGGAUAAUCAAGGAUAUGUUAAACUUGUGGAUUUUGGCUUUGCCAAACGGUUAGAUAACGGAAGGAAAACGUGGACUUUUUGUGGUACACCAGAGUAUGUGGCACCGGAAGUCAUUCUAAAUAAAGGUCACGACAUAAGCGCUGAUUAUUGGUCCCUUGGUGUUCUCAUGUUUGAGUUGCUUACGGGUACACCUCCUUUUACGGGUGCUGAUCCGAUGAAGACGUAUAAUAUUAUCUUAAAAGGAAUCGAUGCUAUAGAAUUUCCUAGGUCCAUUACUCGUAACGCGAUGGCACUCAUCAAAAAGCUUUGCAGGGAUAAUCCAGCAGAACGUCUUGGAUAUCAAAGAGGUGGCAUUAGUGAAAUACAGAAGCAUAAAUGGUUCGAUGGCUUUAAUUGGGAAGGUUUAAAAACGAGGACUUUGGAACCCCCAAUACUACCACGAGUUCAAGGCGCUACAGACACUACGAAUUUCGACGCUUAUCCAGCUGAUUCCGAUCCACCGCCACCCGACGAUAUUUCCGGUUGGGAUAACGAUUUUUAAUGCAAAAAAUAUAAAGGACUUCUAUUUAA